ACAUGAUUGUAUAUAUUUUUUCUUGUCCAGCAACUAAGUCAUCACAAUUUGAUUUAGCAAAAAAGUUACCAACACCACCAAUCCGGUUUACCGUUUCUAACAAAAAGAAGCCAUCUGAGUGUUUUAGUAUAAAAAGAUCUUUGGCAGAAUCUGUUUCACCUGUAAUAUGUAAACAAAUUAUGUAUGUGGAAGAUUCACCAAUGUUGUCACCAUCAGAACCAAAUACACCACGAUCACCACUUGCUGCUAACCCUUGUUCUAGUUCCAGUUCUUCCACCUCAAAGAAACCCAGCAAGAGCAAUGAAGCAGCUUGUAAUAAGGAUAAAUAUCCUUUACCUGAAGUAGAGUUGCAACGAAAGGUUUUACUUGGGAUUUCCGAAAUUCUAAAUCUCCUGAGAAACAACAGAACAACAGGUACCAGCCAUGACAAUAAAAAAUGCUUGUCAGAGGAGGAAUUUGAAACUCUGGAAAGAAAAGUCAAAGAAGACAAGACUGAAUUCAAAAAUCUUGUCGACAAAGUAUCCAAUAUAGGUGGUAGUAGUGAGAGGGAAUGUACAAAAAACAUACUAUUAAUAAGCAAGUUGUUUCUCUUAUGGACAGUACUUCAUUAAAUGAUAUAACUACAAAACUGAUAGUCGAAGUUACAGAAAAAUAUAAGCUUACAGAGGUUUGUAACUUUAUUUAGAAUUGGUUUUACAAUCAAGGAGGUUUGCACAAUCAAGGAGGCGGUAUUGGUACAAUUGGCUUGUGCUCCAUAAAGUUCGAUCUGAAGCUAAAUUCUUUCUCAGGAUGUCAUUACUUUAAUUAGCUCGAUUGUUUCUUUAGUCGGUGAACUCUAAUGAGGACAUUGAACCUAUCACUUCAUCGCAUUCGCAAACUUAAAACAUUAAAUACUCUAGGACUCUCCAUCCAAGCCAUGGCCCCUCCUGGAAAUAUCCCUUUUGUUGUAAAUUUUCACAGCUUUCUGAUCAGUGGAACGCGUGACUGUGUGUAAAUGACUUACUAUGUGUAGCUUUUAUUUAGAAGCAAGUUGUUUCUCUUAUGGACAGUACUUCAUUAAAUGAUAUAACUACAAAACUGAUAGUCGAAGUUACAGAAAAAUAUAAGCU